AACGCAGCUCUUUUUCCUCCCAUACUUUUACAGCGGAUCGUCUCCUCGUUUCGUUUACCAUCCAACAUCCUCCUCUCCAGCGCAGGACGCUGGGAUAUAUCCGUUCACACGCCACGGACAAGAGCUGCGCCUAAACAACGCGUGCUUGACAGACUAUCGUCCAACUUUCCAUACAGCGCAAGAAGCUUUCGACGCGUCUGUACCACUCAAGCUUUUCGACGCACCCAUCCUCAAUCAAUCUUCGAGAUUUAAGAGAUCAGAUACUAAGACAUACAAGGUAUUGGAGAAGAGAUAUAGGGAUAAAUACACCAAUCAACUAGAGGGAAUAUGGCAAGAACAGUAACGAGCCCAAGUCGAGGAGGUGGCCGAUCAAGUAUAGGCGAAGGGAGCCGGAAAACCAAGAACACGGCGAGGAAGAGUACGGGUGGCAAAGCUCCUAGACAUAGCGGAGUACAACGAAAUCCUCCUCCAGAUCCUAAAUCACCCGCUGGUCCGAAAAAGAAGCAUCGUUUCCGCCCUGGUACAGUCGCUCUGCGUGAAAUUCGGCAUUAUCAAAAAUCGACUGAUUUGUUGAUUGCCAAACUCCCAUUCUCCCGAGUCGUAAGAGAAGUAGCCAUGAAUGUAGGCUCUGAUGAGGUGGGCGAAUAUCGAUGGCAAAGUUCGGCGAUCAUGGCAUUACAAGAAGCAGCAGAGGCUUUUCUUGUUCAUCUUUUUGAAGAUGCGAAUUUGUGUGCCAUCCAUGCAAAGAGAGUGACGAUCAUGCAAAAGGACUUGCAACUAGCUCGGCGAAUCCGGGGAAGAUACUAGCGCGUUUCUGGAAUGUUGUUGGAGAAGAAGAAAAAGAAGAAGACCUUGAAAGGAGAGAGAGGACAGAAGCUUAUACUUACAUAUACUGUCAUUUUUACAUACAUAUAUAUAUACCCAAACUGUUCGUUGAUGUGCCCCGCCGUAUCUUCCCGUUUCCGUUAGGUUUAUUUAUAGUCAUAUCCAUGUGGUCAUUCGUUCGUGAGCAUCUUGGAGGCUGGCGCGCGCUGGGUUUAACGAAACUUGUUAUGCAGUACUAUCCGUGUCCGCCCCAAGAUCCUGGUGACAAUCCCAAAAAAAAUAUAAAA